AUCAGAAUGUGAGGGAGUGGUGAGUGCUAAAAAAACAGGAAUCUGCCACACUUCAACUUCACUCUUCCCUCCUCCCAGCUUUCUUCACUUCAGCUCCUGACAGGUGUAGUAAUUCUCUCUGAAACUAUGGCCACAGAUAUGACUCUGUACUGGGGCUCUGGCUCUCCUCCCUGCUGGAGGGUGAUGAUUGUUCUAGAGGAGAAGAAUCUACAGGACUACAACAGCAGAAUGCUCUCUUUUGAGAAAGGUGAGCACAAGUCUCAGGAGGUCAUGAACAUAAAUCCCAGGGGUCAGCUUCCUACCUUUAAAGAUGGGAACAACAUUGUGAAUGAGUCUUAUGGUGCCUGCCUGUACCUGGAGAGUAAGUACAAGUCCCAGGGAAACAAGCUGAUCCCUGAAUGCCCUGCUGAGCAGGCAGUCAUGUACCAGCGCAUGUUUGAAACCAAUACAUUUGGCCAGAAAGCUGGGGAUGUUAUCUACUAUACCUGGUAUGUCCCGGAGGGAGAGAGACAUGACUCUGCUGUGAAGAGAAACAGAGAGGCUCUGACUGCUGAGCUCAACCUAUGGGAGAUGUACCUGCAGAAGGCAUCAGGCCCCUUCAUAGCAGGAAAGAGCUUUUCAUUGGCUGAUGCGUGUGUUUUCCCAAUCAUUGCUUUUCUCUUUCGUUUUGGGUUAUGUGAAAAGCGUUACCCUAAACUGGCAGCAUACUACAACUCUGUGAAGACCAGACCCAGCAUCAAAGCCUCCUGGCCUCCAACCUGGCUGGAGUCACAAGCGGAGAACCCACAGCUACUGAAGGACAUCUAAGAUUCAAACACACACUACACGCUUCUGUUGAGUGAUGUGCAACUACUUCUUGAAGUGCACUACUUUGGCUGGCCGCACUUUUAAGAACUCUGCAUUUGUUGUUAGUGUGGUUUUUAGUUUCCUAACAUUUGCUUGUGACCUAAACUCCAGAUUCGUCUUGGUGCUCUAAAGAAAAGCAAUAAAUGCCGACUUUAAACUGA